UUUAUAACCGCACCCGCCUUUGUGUUGUGUGCAAUGCUCCCUGAACCAGGAGAUCUGCAUCUGGCAAGCCCUUGUGGAGAAGAAGAGGAAGUCGGCAGCUCGAACGAUUCCGGUCAAGGAGUCAGUGAGCAAGUUGCUUCAAACUGGGCUGAAAGUGUUGUAUCGCUCACUUCGUCUGAUGAGGGUGGUUCCAUACAUCCUGCGUGCACAGGCAUAGUAUUUCACCACACCAAAACUAGAGCAUGUCUUCUGACUUCAUUGAGCUUGUUUAGAUCUAGGGAUGAUGAGAGAGAGAUCAGUUUCAGAACGGAGACUAAAGUGCGCCUUCCAAAUGAUUCAGUUGUCAAUGGAAUUCCGAUUUUCCACGACGUAAAAAACAAUCUUUCUGUUGUCAGUGUGUUGCCAAAAGGUGUUGUUCUUCGUGCCGCGUGUCUAGAUCAUCAGCAACAGUUUGAGUCUCACAGUCAACUAGUCUCUCUUCGGCGCUGCUUCAUCUCAGGAGAAUUAAUGACUACAGCUACGAUGUUGGCUGGCGAUCCAACAAGUGCUGAUCCUGAAGAGGCUGCAGCUGAAGGACUCUUCGUUGAUUCUUUUGGGAACUUUGUUGGGUUGAACUGCUAUUCUAAAGAAGGGAAUACUUUCAUACCAAGGAGUACAAUUCUGGAAUUCGUGGCCAGGUUUCAGAAAGCAUGCACCAAAAAGAGGGCUAGAUCAGCUGAUCUUAGACGUAAAAUCGGCUCGCAGUAUGAGCUCCCCAUGAAAAAGUUUGGAUUAAAAGGAAGAGCAAUCAAGUUGAAAGCAUGGUCCCCAUCUCAUAUGUCUGGCUUAGAAGGCAGCUCAACACUGGAAAAGAAACAGUCUGCAUGUCAUUACUGUGAUCCAGAAGGUCAAUCAGCACCUGGAGACCGUUUGAAACGUUUAUUCCCUGGUCCUAGUUGGCCAGCUGAUGGUGAUGGUGUAUCCAAGGAGGCUGCUAGGAAUAAGUUAAGGUCCAGAGGUUAUCCUGUCCCAGUUAAGCACGAUGGUGGCAUGCGUUUGCUUUGUAAUUUUGAAGAGGAAUUUGCCGAAGAUAACUGGAGUAAACUCACAGAACGAGUUGCUUCGCAUCUGUCUCAAAGUGUUGUCGCGCUGGCUUCAUUCAGAGGUGAUAAAAGGUUUUUUGCUUGCACAGGCAUAUUUAUAGACUGCAAUGAGUUAACCACAAGAGUUCUGACCUCGGCAAGUUUGGUUAGAAAUUCUGAUGAUGAAGAUAAGGUUGCUGACAACUUGAAGAUUGAAGUGUGUCUUCCAGAUAAUGAACAUGCCACAGGCACGUUGCAAUAUCAGGAUUUAUGUUACAACAUCGCCAUCAUUACCAUUGUGGGUUCUCACUGUACUCAGACAGCGCAAAUCUAUGAUCAGUUGCAAACUGAACCUCAUGGGGAAGUAGCAGCUGUAGGGCGCGUCUACGAAUCAGGCAAUUUAAUAGCCACAGGUGGCACUUUGAUUGACAAGCCAAGUGAACUCGAUUGCAAAGAGCUUAAGAUGUCCACUUGCAAAAUCACAAAGGCUGGGAUUGGAGGGCCUCUUAUUGAUUUUGAUGGGAAUUUUAUUGGCAUGGACUUCUACGGCUUGGAAGAAACUCCGUACCUUCCCAGAAAUGUAGUGCUCGAAGUCUUGAGGAGUUUCGAUGCAAAGUCUGGCGCUACUGAUUUGAUCAACGAUCAUAACCCAAACAGAUGGCCUGUUCCUAAGCCCUUUUGGUGCUAUCCGAUAUGGCACAUCUAUAUGGGGGAAGGUGUAGAUGACCAGGACCUACCCCGGCCUAUAUGGACGUGAUUAUCGUAACCAUCUGUUCUCCUAAGUGUGAGAUUUUGUGGGGGUGGAAGAUACCAGACCGUACUGCUAUAUACGUAUGUUUAUAUUGCAUAUUUUAGUUUCAUAUGGAAGUUGGUUUGUCAAUCAAGAUACGGAGUAGUAUAUUUAUGUAUAGGCUUGUUGCUAGAUCAAUGUCUGGUUGU